AUGGGCGGGAGAAUUGCCUUACAAGACAUCAUACUGCACAUUCCUUCGGAGGCUUUAGAGCAGGACACCUUAAUAACUCUUGGACUUGUCUGGGAAAGACAGAUGUUUGAUUCCUUUAGGUCUGGCAAUGAAGAUGUCGUUCUCAGCCCAGUUGUCGUCUGUCAGCCAAACGGGUUACAGCUCAAACAGCCAUGUAUAUUUGAAAUACCGCACUGUGCCUACCAACCCAACACCACUUGGACGAUGAAUGUGAAGAUGUGCCAUGGAGAUCUCUUCACGACUUGUCCCUACAAAUGGAACAAAGUUUCAAACCACAGUAUUGUGAUCCAAGAUAUAACAGUGGUGAUAGAUGUCAACUAUUUUACAUUGUAUACAUGUGGAAAAUCGUUUGGUGCACCUCCGAAAGUGUCUGACUCCACCCAAUUGCUCGUCUUCGAUACUGGUAAAGAUGUUAUUUUAGAAAUGGACAACCUCAAUGACGAAUGGACAGUUUUAGGCUCGUGCUAUGAGACAUUACCGUUUGCUCUUGUCUGGGAAGCUUACACACCUCACUGCACGUUGGUGUUUGAAGGAGCCACACUUGCUGGUAUAAAAUCAGAGAAACUUGUCUGUGAUAUACUAGCAUAUCAAGAGGGCAACGACAACAAUGUUGGGAAACUGAAAAUUGCCGAAAACGUGUUUGGGGAAUUACCGGAAAGCCUUGUUCAAAUCCAGUCGCAGAGGAAUCAGGUAGCUGAAACAUUAAAGGAAAUGAUAGACCCAAUAAAUGAAUGUGCAACAAACGCUGGCGAUUGGCAAGCGCUAGCCGAGAAAAUGGGAUGCAGAUACUGUAUAAAAAAUAAAAUUGGUCUUCAAACAAGCGCAGUAAACUUUGAACUCGUGUGUUUGAAAAGGCAAGUGGUUAAGCCACAUCGGACUGAACAUUGGAAAGUGGUUGAGCCAAAUCUGAAUGAACACAGGCAAGUGGUUGAGCCACAUCUGAAUGAAAACAGGCAAGUGCUAGAGGCGUAUCUGAAUGGAAACAGGCAAGUGGCUGUGCCAAAUCUGAAUGAGAACAGGCUAAUGGCCGAGCUAUAUCUGAAUGACAACGAGACUGUCGAAGUGCGUGAGCGAUAG